GUAGUUUUUUUCUCCUUCUGAUACUCUGAUUUUUCCAAUCGAAUUGAAACUUCAGAUUUCAGAGAGAGAGAGAGAUGAGCUCGACGCCUGGACCGCACUCUUUGGCCUUCAGGGUGAUGCGGCUGUGCAGGCCAUCAUUUCAUGUGGACAGUCCUCUCCGAGUCGACCCGCUCGAUCUUUUCACAGGCGAGGACCUCUUUGACGACCCUAUCGCUGCGUCUCAGCUUCCGCGACUCUUCCCUCAAAGUGGCAACCAUAAAGCCGGCGAAUCCGAUCUAACCUAUCGCAAUCGAUUUGAGCUUCAAAGUCCUACUGAUGCCAUGGGCCUCUCUGGCCUUCUCAUCCUACCCCAAGCCUUUGGAGCAAUAUAUCUCGGCGAGACCUUCUGCACCUAUAUCAGCAUCAACAACAGCUCUGAUUUCGAAGUCAGGGACGUUAUAAUCAAGGCGGAAAUUCAAAGAGAGCGGCAGCGGUUACUGCUUUUAGAUACUACAAAAUCUCCUGUUGAAUCGAUACGUUCGGGGGGGAGAUAUGAUUUCAUUGUAGAACAUGAUGUGAAGGAACUUGGAGCACACACGCUUGUCUGCACUGCUUUGUACAAUGAUGGUGAUGGUGAGCGAAAACAUCUUCCGCAAUUUUUCAAGUUCGUUGUUGCAAACCCACUUUCAGUCAGAACAAAGGUUCGCUCAGUCAAGGAAAGUACAUUUUUGGAGGCUUGCAUUGAAAAUCAUACAAAGUCAAAUCUUUUUAUGGACCAAGUUGAGUUUGAGCCGGCUGAGCAUUGGAGCAUCACAGUAUUGAAAGCUGAUGAGCACAGUUCGGAGAUUAAUUGUCGAACUAGAGAGAUAUUUAAGCCACCAAUUCUCAUUAGAGCUGGAGGAGGAAUUCAUAAUUAUCUCUAUCAGUUAAGGCUGUCUUCUGCACAAAUGAAAGUUGACGGAAGUAAUAUUCUUGGUAAACUUCAAAUAACAUGGCGCACAAAUUUGGGUGAACCUGGUCGCCUGCAGACACAACAGAUUCUUGGCAGUCCCAUUGCACGACAAGACAUCGAACUGCAGAUUCUGGAUAUUCCAUCCUUGACAGUCUUGGAGAAACCCUUUUUGGUACAUUUGAACCUCAAUAACCAAACAGAGAGGAAUAGGGGCCCCUUUGAAGUUUGGUUAUCACAAGAUGAGCCACGUGAAGAGAAAACUAUUUUUGUUGAUGGUGUUCAGAAACUGGUUUUGCCACAGGUAGAGGCACUCAGCUCCACAGAUUUCAAACUGAACCUGAUCGCCACAAGACUUGGGGUUCAGAAAAUCACGGGAAUUACUGUGUUUGACACGAGAGAGAAGAAAACUUACAACCCCUUGCUAGAUUUGGAGAUAUUUGUUGAUGCAUAUUGAUUUAUUCGUGGGGCUGCUACAGCCAUGGAGUACCGGUCUGCAGAAGCUGGUUGUUACGUCCUCUCUUGGAGCUUGGGAUUGGUCUUGUUUAUAAAACCAAACAUGUCAAAAGCCCACAAUUUUUUUAUUGAGAGAGAGAUCCAUUUGAUCAUUCAUUUAAUCACUAUUACACCUGGGAGAUUUGACUUGAUGACCAGUGAAGGCUUUCUCUCUUGAAACUGGA